AUGCCAUCCGGACUCCUCAUCGCGCAACUCGCCCUCUACGCUCCGCUGACACUUCAAACCCUCUACCUCCUCUUCCGCCACGGCCGCCCCGGCCUCCUCGCCUGGUUUUACCUCCUCGCCUUCUGCGUGCUUCGCGUCACCGGAGCCGCCAUGGGUCUUCACGACCCGCACAACACCGGCGCCCAGAUACUCUCCAGUAUCGGGCUCUCGCCGCUGCUGCUUGCGAUAGACGGGGUGUUGCAUGAGGCGAGAAUCUACUGUUUAUCGCCCAGUCAACGAACCGAAUGGACGUUCAUGGCGCUCAUCCAUGUCCUCGUGGCGACGGGGGUGGCGAUGGUCGGGGCUGGUGCCGGCGGGCUUCUGGGCGAUACACCGAAGCCCAGCGAUCUCUCCAACAUCAAGGUCGGGAUGGUGCUGCUGGAGGUUGCGUGGGGCGUGCUCGCUGGGUGGGGGCUGUGGACUCGUUGGGAUGGGAGGGGCUCGGGGUGGAAAAGUGGCGAUGCACCAGCGGGCUUGGCCAGGAGGGAGGGGUGGGUGCUUCUAACCGGCACCCUCCUCGCCCUUCCCCUCGUCGAGGUUUCAGUGAUAUACAUGCUUGUCGCGCAGUUCACCCAGCGCGCGGACCUGAACCCGAUGACUGGGGGUCUGGCGGUUCGUGUUGUGUUGGGAUUUCUCCCGGAGUUGCUCGCGGCGAUGGUUUUGGUGGUCGUUGGGAUUGUGACCAGGAAAGUGGGUAAUGCUGGGGCUGGGGCUGGGGCUGGUGAGGCUGGGCUGGGGCAGGGGCAUGGGCAUGGGCAUGGGCAAGGGCGCCAACACAGACAUGCUCAUGCUCAUAGACAUGGAAGGAGGCGCUCGAGCUCGAAACAUGGCACGAGGUUGCCUUCGAGGUCACAUGAAUAGCCUUCGCAUUAGCACCUCCGGGGCGGAGUGGGGGCGAGGAUCAGUAUCGUAUCGAAAUGGUGUAUGAUCUCUUGUAUGGUGCUCUAUAUGCGGCUUGGUGCCAGGCGUUAUACGAUCAAGUCUCUC